AUGGAAAAUAGAGAAAUAACGGAAGAUCGUUUUAUCGAAUGCAUGGCGAUAGAUUUUCCUAAUUUUAAAAUAACCAAAAGCAAUUUAGCACAUCCCACAUCUCAAUUCGUCAUAUCGUUUUAUUCGUUAAUGUUGAGAAAUAUUUUAGAAUUGAAUGAUCCGGAUGAAAUAUGGAACAUAACCGAAGAUCAAAGAGCUUAUAUAAAUUCUUAUCAUGCCGAAGCUGUAUCAUUCGGACAACAUGUAUGGGCUCACAAUUUACAUUCAGCAAUCAAAUACAUAUUUAAUCAUUUAGGUGAAAAUGGAUCAGAAUUCGUUUACAGUGACAUAUUAUUUCCUGAAAACACACCCCGGAGAUCUUUUGUUUUUAUGGCAUUGAUGUUAAACUUUUAUUGGUACACAAACGAUUUUGCUGAUGAGUUAAAUAAUGAUAUUAAUUCGUGUAUAAAAAAAUCAGAAUUGAAAACAAGUUUGGUACUUCAGAAAGAAAAAUUAAUGACACAAUUAAAAGAGCUUGAAUUUCAAAAGUGUCAUUAUGCAGAAUCUUAUGCUGACAAGAAAAAACUAGUGAGGACAAAAGUCGAAGCGAAUGAAGCCCUGGAAGUAACGAUGAAAGAUUUACAAACAUCAUUGACAAGCGUAGAAAAUGAAAAAAAAUAUUUUGAAAGUUUAAUAGUGUCUGAUGAGAGACAAGUGCAAGACAUUUAUGAAAAAUAUUCGACUAAAAAAGAUGAAUGCGUUAAAAGAAUGAAAAAUUUAGAAGAACAAGUUAAAAUGGCAUCUCACAAAUUAACACAAAGUAAUAAAAUAUUAGAAUUGCAACAAAAAUUAAACUCUAUAUUGAGAGAAGAAAAAUGUUCAGAUCCCCACAAUAAUAAAAUCAAAGGUUUUCAAAGCCUGAACGAUUCCAUUACUCAAUUGAUGGAAAAGAAAAAAAAAUUAGCAGAUGAAGAAUUAGAAUAUGAUCAAAAAUUAGCAGAAGCUCAAGAAAUGUUAUCUAAAUUAAAAGAAGAAAAUUUACAAUUGAAAACACAUCGUGAUAACAUAACAGCAAAGGAAGAAGAGAAAAUUGUAGCGAUAACAAAAUCAAUAGAUGAAUUCAAAACGAAUCAUUCGGAAAUGAUUGUUAAAAUAAAAAAAGAUUCUGGGGAAAAAGAUGAAAUAAUUGCUGCCAACCUUGAUUUAUCAUCGAAAUGUAACAAAAUUAAAAACGACAUCAAUACCAUGGAUUCGAAAAAUAAAACAACUUAUAAAAAUUACAGGAAAGAAAUGAAAGCCAUAUUUAAUUAUUUGGAAACCGUGAUAGGAGAUCCCAACAAAAUGGAUCAUUCAUCCUCUCAUUCAUUCAUAAUAUCGAAAAAUUAA